AUGGUUAUCUCGCAAUUCUGUCUCGUGAUGGCGGUGGGAUCUGUGUACGAUAAAAAUGCCAUUGUCACAGACGAAUAUCCAGGCUAUCAGUACUUCAGAUUGGCUCUCAAGUAUCUGCACGAAGUUAACUCGAGUUUCUCCUUGAUUGCAAUACAAACCCACAUCCUAUUUGCGUGGUACCUCCUUAUCCUCAAUCAGAAAGGACCUGCUUCAAUUCAUUGUGCGUGUGCCGUUAGAAAGGCUCUCCAUAUCGGCCUUCACAAACCGCCUGAAUCAAACGUCAGUCCAGUAGUAAAGGAACAUAGGUUAAGAACAUGGUGGACGGCAUUUGUUGUGGAAACAUUUUGUGUUUCGCUCUUGGGAACACCGCAGCAUAUAAGUGUAGACCAUGUGGAUGUUCCAUUACCUUCAAACACCCAGCUAGGAACAGAUGAGGAAGGACUCUUUUUCGACCACACUUACUUUACUUUGUACAUCAAGUUGGCACUCAUUACUUCGAAAAUCCUCUCCACCAUCUAUUCCAAAUCCUUCAAUAUCACCAAAGACAUGCUGCAAAUUUUGUGCUUCUUGGAUAGUCUCGAGCAAUUUGAAAAAGAGCUACCUGCUGCUCUUAGAUCCUCACUUGAAACAUUCAUUAUUAAGGAAAGAAAGGAUCUAUCAUUCCUCUUGUUUUACAACCAGACGAUCAUUUUGGCACUGCGCCCAGUGUUUUGGUAUUAUUUCAAUUUAGCUUCUAUUGGCUCCCCAAAAUUCAAUGGCACAAUCUGGUCGUUGCAACCAAUUGUAACAGGACUUGCUGCCGCUAAAAGCCUCAUCAAAAUACUGAAGUUUUGCAAGGAGAAUCAAUUGAUAUCAAAAUUAGGGUUUUACGACCCAAAUCACUUGUAUUCUGCCAUUCUGAUAGUGCUUAUCAGUAACAUAAUGAAGGACCGGAAAGGCUUUUAUGAAAUCUCAGAACCUAUGUCAAUUAUCCAAUUUCAAGCUGAAAGUGGAAAUAAGGCCGCCAGGUCAAUUUGGAAUGACUUGAACUCAUUUUUUCAAACAGCAUCGAUUAAAUAG